AUGGACCUACACGAAAUACAAAAUGCGACCGUCCGGUUUCUAAACGACGCUAAUGCCUAUCUGGAGAGGAUACCCGGCUCUUCCAUUGCGGUGCGCUACAUAAAGUCAAGUUACCAGAACGACCCGGUCAGAAGCGCAGUGGAGCUGUUCUUGUUCCUUUUCGCGGUGAGGUACUUGCUUGCGCCCAAGUAUAGUACACAAAAGAAGGUGCAUCUUACAGACGCGGAGAUCGAUGAACUGGUAGAGGACUGGACGCCCGAGCCGCUUGUCGCUGCGCCGACUCCUUUCGAGGAGCUCGACAACGAGAAGAGGCCUGUGAUUGUGGGACCUACCGGGCCCAAGUCGAAGCUCUCGAAUGGCCGCACCGUUACGAACCUCGCCUCCUUCAACUUCUACAACUUCGUCGCAAACGAGACGCUCAAGGAGAAAGCCAUCCAGACCCUCCGCACCUACGGCGUGGGCCCUUGCGGCCCUCCAGGGUUCUACGGCACACAGGAUGUACACAUGAAAACCGAGCAGGACGUUGCUGCGCACCUGGGGGUCCCGGCGUGCAUCAUCUACGCGCAAUCCUUCUCCACUAUAUCGAGUGUGAUCCCCUCUUUCUGCAAGCGCGGCGAUAUCAUUGUUGCGGACAAUGCAGUCAACUUCCCCGUACGAAAAGGCAUUCAGAUUUCCAGAAGCACGGUGCGAUGGUACGAACACAACAACAUGGAGGACCUGGAAAAGGUGUUACAAAGAGUCAUCAAGGAGCAGGCUGGCAAGCCCCUCACGAGGCGCUUCAUCAUCACUGAGGGCCUGUUCGAGAACACAGGCGACGUUGUCGAUUUGCCCAAGCUGAUCGAGCUAAAGCUCAAGUACAAGUUCCGCCUCAUCCUCGACGAAAGCUGGUCCUACGGUGUUCUAGGCAGAACUGGGCGCGGUGUUACGGAGGCCCAAAACGUGGAUGCGACUGAAGUCGACAUGAUUGUUGGCUCGUUGUCAGGGCCCUUGUGCGCAGCAGGAGGGUUCUGUGCAGGCAAUGAAGAGGUUGUAGACCAUCAGCGCAUCUCUUCGGCUUCAUACACAUACUCUGCCGCGCUGCCAGCGCUGCUUUCGACGACCGCGAGCGAGACCAUUGCACUUCUGCAAGAGCAGCCGGAGAUCUUGACAGGUCUGAGGGAGAGGAUCGAGGCGAUGCGCGCACAGCUGGAUCCGAGGAGCGAUUGGGUCCGUUGUUCGAGCUCGGCGGAGAACCCGAUCAUGCUGCUUGUCCUGAAGGACGAGGUUGUUGCGGCCAAGAACUUCAGCGUUGAGGAUCAAAACCAGAUUCUGCGGGAUGUUGUUGAUGAGUGUCUUGCAAACGGCGUCCUUAUCACACGACUGAAGGCCUUUCCGCUUGGUCUCGGUGUCAACCCAAGGGAUGCCGGGUGGCAGCCUGUACCUGCCCUCAAAGUGUGCGUCACUAGUGGGCUCACAAAAAAGGAGACGGAGAAAGCAGGUGUCAUCAUAAGACACGCUAUCACGAAGAUCAUCUCGAGGAGGAAGUAG